UCUCCAUCACUACAAAUUUUUAAAUCAACGUUGAAUUUUUUUCUAACAGCUCUGCUCUAGGAAUUAUUAGGAGGCAGUUAUCUGGGCUGUGUUAUACAGGAGGUCAGGCUCGAUGAUCACAACAGUCCCUGCUGGCUUUGGAAUCUAUUAGUCUAUGGGUGGAAAUGGGUGCUGCAUGUUGUGUGUGUUUGGGAGAAAGGCAGGGGGUGUAGCUGGAUGGUGGAGGUGCUGUGUGGUUGUGUUUGAGGGAAAUGGGGUUGUUGGAGAGGGUUGCAAAGUGACUACUCUGCAGCCAACAGUUUCUCUGCUUUGAGAAGUGACUUGAAAAGAACCAAGCCAGCUCUCCUCAUGUAGGCUGCACUGACAGAAGGGGUGCCGUUGAGCAGCCCUCUGCCUUGCCAACUUGGAGUAGGUUGUACUGCUGACCCUUGUAUCGAACUUCUACCUCAGUAUGUUCUAGAGCACCUUUCCCCCUCCCUGGCCUUUCAAAGCAGCUUCCCAACAGAACACUGACUCGUUCCAAAACAGUCUUUGGUGACAGUUUUCAGGCCUGUCUUGUUUUCACCUGUUCUACGCUCCCCAACCUCUUAAGGCUUCUUCCUGUAGUCACUGCAGGGGCCAGGACCUACUCCAGGGUGUAUGUGUGUGGGGAGGGGACAGCAGCCCUCCUGCCCUCGCUCGAAGGCUCUAAGCCUAGACUCAGCUAGCACAGCCCUGGCUCAGGCCCUAUGGUCCCAUUCAAAUUCUCCACCCCUCUAGCACUCUAGUCCAACAGUGAUAGUAAUGCAUGAGGCCGCAUCACCCCCAGAGACAGAUGAGGAUCAUUAUCUCCACUGUACAGAGGGCAAGCUCAGCCCAAGGUUAUAGCGAACCAGUGAGAGCGCCAGGAUGGAACCCAGGAUUGUGCCCUUCCCAUCAGACUAUCCUGCCAUGUUGGAGUCGGGGCUUUUCUGGUGUGCGUGUCUGGGCUCACAACACUGUUGCUGGUGGGGAAACACAACUCUUCUAGGCAUGAAUCUGCUGCUGCCUUCAUGAUGUGUGGCAUGGCCCAGAGGGUGUCAGCUAAGUCCAAGCUGAGGCCACUCUGCUUCCUGCUUGGACACACUGCAGCCAGCAACUUGGGCCCUGGCCAUGUGUCAAAGGGCUACAUCCCAUGUUUUCUGCAGCAGGAGGAGAGGCUGGGAUAGAUAGACUAGCAAGCUGAAGUUUCUCACACAGAAAACUCUAGGAAUAGUGGCAGUGAGAGGAACCCAAAAGCCAUUAAAUCCCAAACCUUGGCUCUCCCAUUUGUGGCCAGGUGUAAAGGUUCUGCACUCCCCCACAGGCACAAAGGGGGAGAGACUCAAUUAGACAAAAGAUUCCACUUGUUACUUCUACUCUUGGACUUUCAGGAGUAACAUAAGCUGGUAAAAUCAGGGUCACAGCUGUCCUCGGGGUGCAGCGACCUAGAGCCCCACAGAAAAACACCAAUUCGCUCCAUCCCAGAACAAAUGUUUAACCGGAUGUACAGGGUCAAUAUUUGCUGAAAGGGAAAAAAACUUCAAAUAAGGGGUGGUGCUGAAGGUCAUGCCUGUCGCUGCCUGGCAAGCGUGGGCUGGACAAGGGGCUUCAUCUGUCCCAUGCAGAGCCAUCGGCUGGGUAGAGAGGGUGCCUGCACCAACAGAAAUGCUUAGCAAACCGAGAAAUACCGCGAUGCUGCUCUGGGGUCUGCUGCUCUGCUUGUCCACUCUGCACGAUAGCCCAGGGUUUCCUUUGGCACAUGCCCUUGAGCUGGAGACUCCCCCCUCUGACGACGCUGCCCAGCAGGAGAGCCCUGCGGGCCCUGCAGCGGAAAAUGCCACCAGCAUAGAGAACCUGGAGUGGGAUCCCUCAGCACAACUGACCAGUCAGCACUCUGAAGAGGCUGGAGCCUUAGAAGGAGAUUCACAGUUAGUUCCCACCACCACUCUUCUGCCAGUAGUGGAUCCGACCCUGCCAAAUGCUGCAAAGUUGGAUUCCACCUCUGACACCUGGGAAGACAUCCAUGGGCCUACACAGCCACUUCCUACCACAACCAGCACCACAAGCCCCGGGGCUGGCCUCACAAGCUCAGAGGGCCAUCUUGUCACCGGGACAGAAGAGCACAGGCAGGUGCUGGAGGGGCAAGAAGUUGAUUCCUUUGAAGAGGAGGGAGAAGGUCAGGAGAGAGGCUGUGACAUGUCUCAGGCGCAGACACACAGGCUAGCAGAAGGUCUGAUGAAAUUCACUAUCGAUCUCCUGACAGAGGUCCAGAUGGAGACCAGCAGACCCAAUGUGAUCCUGUCUCCCCUCAGCAUCACCCUGGCAUUGUCUCAGCUGGCACUAGGAGCAGCAAACCAGACGGAGAAACGCCUGCUGGAGGCGCUGCACUUGGAAUCAGUGCCCUGUCUCCACCACCUGCUGAGCAGCAUUCGCAGGCAGCUCACAGGGUCCAUGCUCAGUGUAGCUUCACGCGUCUAUCUGCAGAAAGGGUUUGAGGUUAAAGAGAAAUUCUUGGAGAACUCGGAACGAUUCUAUGGGGCAAAGCCUAUGAUCCUGUCUGGGAACAAUGAAAAUGACCUCAUAGCCAUAAACAAGUGGAUAAAGGAGGCAACUGAAGGGCAGAUAUCCACUUUCCUGGAUCAGCUCCCUGCAAGCACUGUGAUGCUCCUACUCAAUGCUGUCCACUUCCAAGGAUUUUGGAGGCAUAAGUUUGAUCCCAGCCAGACUGGGCCAGAUGUAUUCCACCUUGACGACCAGUUCAUAGUUCCAAUUGAGAUGAUGAAAGCUCAGAAAUAUUCCCUGAGCUGGUUUACUCUGGAUCCCCUGGAGGUUCAGGUAGCCAGGUUUCCCUUUAAGGGCAACAUGAGUUUUGUGGCCAUUGUCCCAAACCAGUUUAAGUGGAACGUCUCCCAGGUGCUGGUGAACCUCAGCCAUGACAAGUUGCACAGCCGCUUCCCCAAGGAGAAGCCCACCAUGGUAAAGAUGCCCAAACUGCAUGUAGAUUACCAGCUUGAACUCAACCAAGUCCUCAGCCAACUAGGCCUCGGGGAGUUGUUUUCCACCCCAGACCUGCAGAAAAUCACAGAUGAGCCUCUCUUUGUAUCCAGCAUCCAGCACCAGUCCACCCUGGAGCUUGCAGAAGAUGGCGUGGAGGCAUCAGCUGCCACUAGUGUCAUGAUGUCUCGUUCACUCUCCACUUUCAGCCUCAACCAACCUUUUCUCUUCAUCAUCUUUGAGGAGACAACGGGCAUCCCACUCUUUGUGGGCAGCAUCCAGAACCCCAACCCCAGCGCUGCCCAACAGAAAAAAGAGCCACAGGACUCACCUACCCUGAAAAAUGCCAUCAAAAAUAGUAUCCCCAAAUAAGGGAGGAGCAGUGCCUAGGAGUCCUGGGACUGCUGCCUGUGAGACCUCUGUAGCAGGGUCUUUCUCUCCUGGCUGGGCUUCCAUCAGAAGCCCUUCUGCCCCAUCCCAGUGGGUCCCCUCUGGCAGGGCUCUCUCUAGAGCCCCUCAGCACCACUCUUGAGCAGCAGUGCUGGUAUCAAAUUGUCUUGAAUACUCAUUAGCUUCUGACAAUGUCUCUAUGCAAUUGGACAAAGACAAGAGGUAUAAAAGCUGCUCUUCCCUCUGAGCCCCUUAUGCACAUUCCUUGGUCAGGACAUUCAUCAAACAGCAGGACUUGCUUGUCACUAGAUAGGCAAAUAGCAGCAAAAUCAAAUUGAUUAGCAGCCAGUCACCUUCCCUGGGAUGUGAGUCUCAGCUACUAUUUCUGAUAAAGGUUCUGCCUAGAACAUUCCUGCCCCUGUCCAGCGGGUAUUGGGAUUUGCUGGGUGUGUGCAAGGGAGGGGGCUCAUUUCUAUCCCGAGCACCAGCCCUUCACCUGGGAUGUUGGAGGCAUCUUUUGUAAAGUAUUUUUUAGUAAUUUUUAUGUUGGCAGAAGAAUAAAGAGUGAAACAGAUGAUGUUUGGCUGAGUUGUCACUUUGAGAGACACCCGGCAGAGACUGGAAAGGGGCACAGCAGUGCAGCAAACAGGCGGAGUAACUGCAAAGACUUGGGGGGAAAAAGAGUUACUGGGGCUUGACUGAAAGAUGGAAGGUCCUAAAGGGUCUCAUGAGAUGUGAGCAGUCCCUUCUCCUUACUCCAACUCUCACCACCAGAAUAGGCACCACAGGAUGAGAUUAAUGGCCAGUAAAUAUGGAACCAUUAAAAGGACAUUGCCUAUUCCCCUUUGGAAAUCUAAGAUGAACAUACCAGAGAAUCCACUAAUGUGGGUGGAUACAAAGAGUGGGGAGAUCCAGUCUGAUGCCAUAGGGUCUGAGCUGAAUGCUAUAGGGGUCAGGAAGGAAAUGUCCCCAUUAGCAGCGUACCACAACUGGCUGGUUUUUGCCUUCCUCUGAGGGAGGAAUUGGUAUUGAGCACUGCCAGCUGGCAGGCUACUGGAUUCAAUGGAUGAGUGGUGUAAUCUGGUCUGGCACAUUCUACAUGUGGCUUGUUAUCUUAUGUUGGGUGCUCCUGAGCCUGCAGAACAAUGCUACCGGAGUUUGACAUCUUCCAGGACACGACUGCAUCUCCUUGGGGUCAGAGUCACUUCCUUCUGUCAGUACAGGAAUGGUGUUCACCUGGAGCUUCCCUUCUGAGAUGGGUCCAGCUCACUGGAUCCCUGCUCUGAAAUAACUCAGCAUGUCUGACCCAAGCAGCAAAGACUGAUGGUUUGGGGGAAAAGUAACCCCCACCACAGCAACUUAAGCUGUUACACGUUAGUCUUGCUAGUUUCGGUGUUUCUGUAGCAAUUAACAGUGAAUGUCUACAUGCUGACAAAGGGAAUUUAGAACCACUCUGUUAGCCAUCGCAGAUUCUGCUUCUCAUUGCUUCUAGGAAGCCCUUCUAGGGUAUGUCUACAGUGCAUCUGGGAGCGAACCUCCCACCCUGGUCCACAGACCUGGGUUAGCAGGGCUCACAGUAGUGUGCUAAAGGUAGCUAUGUAGACGGGGUGGUAGGGGGGGCUCUGAAGCCCACCCUCCUCCUACAGGUUUCAGAGCCCAAGCUGCAACAUCUACACAGCUACCUUUAGCACAUUACCGUGAACCCUGCUAACACAAGUCUCUUCACCCGAGCUGAGAGGCUCACUCCCAGACACCAUACAGAUAUACCUUAGUGGUUUUGUUUUCGCAUGGAAGUAGCUAAAGAACCAGUCACAUUCCCAACAGCUCCCCCUUUCCUGAGUAGAUCUGCCCCAACCAGAGAGCAAGCUGCCAGCUGGCAUCUCCCUCACUGACUGGCUGCACUUUCUGUUGGGAUUGGAGGGAGGAGGAUCGACUCACUGACCUCAAACUUCAGGGACACAAGAAACUAUUUCAAAGAAAGCAACUGGCUCAAACCUGCAAUUACCAAUAGACAUCACACAUGGUUUACAGAUUCCAAGUGUUAGGGGAGACCAGCUACGAGUAAUUACCAGCCCUGUGACCCAUGGAAUGACAUUUACUGGUCAAGAAGAGGGUGUAAUUACUCUACUAUGUAAUUAUCAAGAAAACCAGCAGGAAUCCAGCUCUAUUACCAGGGCCCUCAGGGAACAUUUCAGAUUGCUUUGCUCUCAUAAUUACUGCCUUAUUUUAGAGAUGCUGGUCCAUGCCUUAGUUAGGUCUUGCCUUGGCUGCUGCAACUUCCUCCUUGAUUCGCACCUUGCUGCAUUCCACUCUAUCCCAAAAUCCUGCAGCUAAAGUCAUCUUCCUUCCACACCACCUUCCGGCUCCCUUAGUGCAGAAUGUAAAUUUUUCUUCCUCUUCAAAGCUCUGCACAACUCAGUUCUUAUUUCCUCCUACUCCCCUUCAUUCUGGUAGUUCCCUCCUGCAUUUCUUCUCCUGCUCCCAUCUUCACUUUGUUCCAGAGGG